AUGAAAAAAAAUGUUUAUAAUGAUUAUUUUUAAUACUAUUUUGUUUAUAAUUUGGAUGACUAUACAGCUAGAUCAUUAGUGGAAUAGAUUGAGAUUGAAAAGAAGAAAAACGAAUUAAUAGUAUAUGGUUUUGUUUUAAUAUUAGAUAACAUAUCCAAUAAGUAAUUUAAUGGAUUCUUUUGUAGUUGGAUCAUCUAUUAGUUUGACUUUGAUUAUAACAGAGAAGAAGUUCGAAAUCUAUUAUUUAAAUUAGAAGGUUGAAUUUAUAUUUCAUCUAUAAAAGUAAUUUAUUCCAUUUUACAAUGAUUAACCAUUUGUAUUGAUGAUUGGAGUAUUUUAACCAGAAAGGUCUAAAACUCUGUAUAGGUAAUAGUUAUAUAAAUAAUGCUAGAAAUUACACUUUAGUUUAUAAUUUUUCAAGCACUUAGAUAUCGUUUGCAUAUAAUAAUUCAUCACCUUACAAAGUGAAGAUUAAUUCUGAUAAAUUGACAACGACUGGAGGAUUUUAUUAAUAUCUUUUUUUAGUUGAUGUAAAUAUAAUAAUAAAUUUAAUAGUAAUCUUAUUUUAAUGGGCCUAUUGUAUAUUAUAAUCAUUCUAAUGAAGUAAAUAUAUCAGUAAUUCCAUCUCCAUAUUUACAGAUGAAUAAAUACUUAGGGAAUUAUAUGAUAGAGGUUUAAUUAUAUGGAGAAAUAACAUAAAUAAUAGAUUUGGGUGAUGAAAUAUAUAUAGGAUUGUACAAUCAGCAAAUAGAACAUAGUAAAUAAUUUAAGUUAUUUAUAGUUGCUUAAUAUGCUGAUUUAAUAAUUGUAUUGACAGAUUUUCAUGUUUUAUUUUAUCAAAAGAAAUCAAUUCCAGAUAUAAACAUAUCAUGUACUUAAACUAAUUAUACUUAAAACUUUUCGAAUGAUUUUCUAGGACUCUGUUCAAUUAGAUUAAUUUAAAUAGUCUAAUUAAAAUAAAUAGAUUAGAAUUUGUACUGUUAAAUGUAAUUGAAUGGUGUAAAUGCAUUGAUUAUAGUAUGCCAAUUAAAAUACUUUUAUAAAUUAAGUGGUCGGAUAUCCUUCAUAAAUAGAGAAAAUACCUAAUAAUUUAUAUAUUUAGAGUAUUCCUAUGUUUAAAGAAAUAAUUCAGUGAUAAUAAAAAAAAUUGUUACUAAUGACAAAUAGUUUUGUUAUUGUUUUUUUAGUGAUUUAUAACCCUUUGUUUAUAAUCAUUCAGUUUAUUAAAUGGUUAAGACUGAAUAUUAAUAAAUAAAUAGUUAUUUUGGAAUAUACUAAAUAGUUUUAACAGAUAAUUAGACUAUAACAUUUAUUUAGAAUAGUUCCUAUCCAAAUCAAAAUAAUUCAUAACCAUUUCAAUAUGCAGAAGAUUUUGCUCUAUCAAUAAUUGAAUAUUAGUCUAUUUAAUAUUUGUACCUAAUUAUCUUGCAACCUGAAAAUAUAUUUAUUUAGGUUAUAAAUUUAACAGAUGGCUUUCCAAUAAAUGGUUCUGGUCAAAAUCUGAUUUUUCUAAAAUAGGAAGAGUAUGUAAGAUUUGAAAAGGCAGUAUUUAUUCAAACACUGAAUCAUUUUCAACCUCAUAUAGUGAAUAAUGAUAAUAUGGUUCAAACUUUGAUGGUUGGAAAUAAUAAUUAAAUUUAUGAGAUUAUUUUCAAUGUUACAACAUUCGAAGCCAAAUUAUAAUACACUUUUUAUUAAUAUAUGUUAUGUCAUCAUAACUUUUUAUCUCGUCCUUAGAUAGAACUUUAAUAUUAAAAUGAUUCCAUAUUUUAUUUGAUUAGCCAAUGCCUAUCAAAUUAAUUUGAAUAUCAAUCAAUUUAAGUUGAAAUGUCUUAUCUUCUCAAUGAAUUAAAUACUAAUAUAAUAUAUACUUCACUUUUCAUUAGUAUAAUUUUAAUAUAAUAAAUUUUAGGAAACUACACUCUUAAUUAUUCAAGGCCAGUAGAAAUCUUGGAACCUUACUUAGUCAAUCCAGAAGAAUUACAUUUUUAAAAAAUAUAAUUGUAUCAAAUCAAAGAUAAGGUAAAGAAAACAUCAAAGUCACAUCUAUUGAUUACAAAUAGUACUUUUUUUUUGAUUGAUCUAAUAUUAUAUUUUGACAAUGGAUACUUUUUGUAUUAUCCUAUUGCUUAAGUUAAUGAUGAUAAAGUAUGAAUAAUAUUAGAUUAUCCUAGGAUCAUUCUAUAUUUUUAAAUAUUACUGCUUAUAAUUCUUAUUCAAAUUGUUAGGUAUAAUUUGAAAUUUAUUGGACAGAAGAAGAUAUUUAAAUUAAUAAUAUGGCAUGGUUUUAUGCAAUAUUAUCAUUAUUGUUAUUCUUAAUUUUUAUUGUAAUUCUUGUAGUUAUAUAUGGUUUUUGUUAAAAAUAAAAUAAAUUGGGAAGACAAGAUCACAAUUUACAUCUAGAAAGAAUUGGAGAUGAUUAAAGUGAAUUUGGAGUUGAAUUAUAGAAUGCUCCAUAUAAUUAAUUGAUGUUAGGAGAUGUAUUUAAAGAUUUAUUAAGAAAUAACAAAUCAAAAAAAUAGGCAAUCUCAUAUGCGGAUGAAUUGUCAGAUUGA